UGAAGGGGUAAUUGGUCAUUUUGCAUGGAAGCACGUUCAGGAGGUUCAGCAGGUUCAGGAUGUUUUCCAGGCCUGGAACAGAAGAUACAGAAAGCGAUCUGCUUCGUUUUCAAGAGGAGUUCCUUGCAGGUCGUUUAAACCCAUCAGCCACUGUCGUUCGUUCGAAUAAUGAAGGAGAGAGUCGCCCUUUAUCGGCAGGGGGAAAGCGCGUUUCUCCUUCUGCACCCGAAGUAGAAAGGGACGUUGUUACUUUGGAAGGUAACAGAUGUCUUAUUGCGUAUAUUUUGUCAUUUUUAAUGAGUGAGGAGAAAAUUAAUAGAAAACAACCUACCAAACUGCAUAGGUCAUUAUUCCCAAGCCCGCGCACUUGCUAACACAUGUAAGCAUAAAAUGUGUUUUACAAUCUUUUUAAAGGGCUUCCAACAUUGCAGCCUCCUAGCCAAGCAGAUCCUGGUUUUCCACCUAAAAAGAAAUCAAGAUUCAAGUCAAGACGUCAGGUUUGUGUAUGUAUAUUCUAACAGGUAUGCCAAGUUUCCCUAACAGAGAUGCCAACCUCUGGGGAUCUAAAAUCUGGAGACCCACUCUUUUUUUUUAUUAACCCCCCCUCCCUCUGCCAAAUAUCAACAGACAGAUCAUUAAAUUGACACAGUCUCCAAAUUGUAACAUACAAAAUGUGAAAGUGAGAAAGUAGCCUGCGAACAAGGUUGAUGUUUUUGCGCAAAGUAACAUUGGCCUUAUUUCCAAGACGCUGUUGGCUAUUCUUCACCGACCCGACUCUUUAUCGACUUACCAUAUCACUUACUUUCGUUGAUUCUUUAUUCUUCUUUGAUUAUUGUGAAUUGAUAAUGACAAGUAGGAAUGCCCAUUAAUGCCUGUCUAAAUAGUAGUCUUCUGUAAAAAAAAGUGUUAAGAUUGCGAGCACUUCGUGCUCACUACAGUUACGUGCACAAAAACAACUAGGAUAGAUCACGGACAUUUAACACUUAAAUGACGUAUUUCAUCUUAGCAGUAUUUAAGGAUAUGCCAAAUAAUCUAAACCAAACAGAUUCUAACUGGACUCGAUGAAUUACCGGCAGUGCAUUUUGAAUUUCUAACUAGGCAAAUCGACAAUGGCUUUUUUAACAGGCCAAUCAUUGCUCAUGCUCAAAUCCAGCUAGUACACAGUUGGGGCCCCCGUAGAAUAAGGAUUCUGGCGCUGUUUCACAGACAGACAUAUGUAACCAGAGUUUAGUUUUGUCUGUGGUGCAGGCUAAAUUGCUAGCCUGUUGCUAUGGAUUCAUGAGCGAGUUUGUGACAUCGGCAGACAUUGUUCUGCUCUAAUUCAAUACGAGACGAACAGCCAAUAACUCCCUCAGGAAUCAGGUCGGUGUAAUUUGCGUGAAAAAACUUCGCUUCUAGGCCUUACGUGUACUUCUCAAAAAAAGGUAUUGUUGAUGAUGACACCACCUUGAUUACGAUAUUUUUGGUUUCAUUCAAUUUACAGUCUAGUCUGCAGUCUGCGGUCUGCAGUCUGCAGUCUCCAGUCUGCAGUCUGCAGUCUGUGGUCUGCAGUCUGCAGUCUGCAGUCUGCGGUCUGCAGUCUGCAGUCUGCAAAUAUCAUACACCGCUACUGUUGCUGUUUGCAGUUUAGGUUUCUCACUCCUUAUUGGCUUUCACAGUAACAUUAGUAACAUUCCAUGAAUAUUUCUGGUGUGAAUAUUCACAGUUUUGUGAGUUUCAUAGUAAUAAUCUUUGUCAGUGAUGAAACUCAUGCAAGAAUGCCCAGAAACUGUACUAUGAAUCAAAAACAUUUUUAGAUUUUGAGGAAAUGGAGUAAAUUCCAAGCUAAAGGCCAGAAGAGCUCUAAAAGUCGACUUUAUUUGCAAGAUUUGUUGACUCUUCUGGGAGAGCAGGGGAUUAAUUUUGGUGCUGCAUCUGGGAGAGUUGGCAUGUUAUGACUGACUGAGCACUACAUACUUAGAUGAGGGAAUGGGAAAAGAAGGGCCACCUUCCUAGAAUCACAUUCUUUUGGUUUAAAGAAGCUUACAUCAUGUACAGUACUAUACUGUGCAUUCAAACUAGUCCAGACCCUGUCAGUGACACAACUUAAAGUUUUUUUAGUGAGGUGCAAUAAAGCAGGUGAUAUAUUAUGUGGUAAAUGAGCUUUCUUUUCUUUCUUAAGAAUAAAGAGCAAAAUGACAAAGAGGAUAUAGACUGUGCAGAACUACUAGACAGUAGGUAUUAAGUAAUUUAAUUAUUCCAAUGGCAGGUUAAUAUUAAUUCAGUUAGUAUAGGUAAUAGCAUGAUUUGUAGUGAUAUUUCAAAAUUGUUACCUGCCGAGUUCUGUUCAAGAUAAGGGCAUUUCGAUGCUCCUAUAUUAGUUUUUGUUGUUACCUUCCCCACCCAAAAAGUGUCUUUAGAAGGCUAGGGUUGCAAGAAUGAAAAUAUAAUGUUGUGAUCAAAUUAAUAUCACUUAAUGAGAGAUCAUCAACCAUUUGAUUUCCCUAACACUAGAGGCUUUUCACAAAGAGGGAAAUAUAAUACUAGCAAAAAGUACAAGAUCAUUAAAUAUAAUAGUAUCAUCUAUGUAAACAUUACUUAAAAGUAUUUUAUUGUUGUUUUUGGCAGUUCAUGACAGACAUGUUACUUCAGUGCUCUCUCAAAUUAAGGUAUACAGAUACAUUGUACAUGUAGUGGAUCAAUUAUUUUUUUGUUCAAAUGUUAUCUCCUUUGCUUUUGGUAUUUUAAUGUAUCAUUGACUUUUAAAUGAAGAAAAUUUAGAUUAGAUCUAGGAAAAAAAAUUGAACCACAACAUGCAUAAGUUCUAUUUCUUUUUAUUAGAGAGGUACAUUCUGUUGUCUGGGGUAAUACUUACAUGUUACAGGUCAAAAUUAAAUUCAAGUUAAAAUUGUUUAACUUAGGUUGUUUCUCAAUUUCCUUUGUCUCUUUGCCCUAAUUAUUCAUCAAAUUUAAAAUUAAUCAGGGCUAGGAGACAAAGGACAUUGAGAAUCAACCUAGGUUAAAAAUUUUUAGCCUGAAUUUAAUUUUGACCUGUAACAUGUACAUGUAUAUGUAUUAUGGUAUGACUUUUUGUCAAAUUAAUUCUUUUUCCUAAAACACUAAAACCCUAUUGGCAUACAUGUAUGAAUGGUGUACUAUAAUAAUUAUUAUUGAUUGUAGUUUGUAUCAAAAAAGUCGAGAUAUUGCAUUAAUGAAGAUUGUUUUUCUUCAUUUUAAGGAGAGGGAAAUUCAGUAUGGAAGUAUCCAAGCUCCUGAGGUGUCUGAAAGGGGAUUCCCUGUAGCUCUUCAUCGUGGAAAUAUAACCGAUCAGGUGAUUAUUAAUUUUUUUGACUAUGAAUCCACUUCAUACAAAUCAGUUUUUAAAAUUCAGUUGAAUUUCUUAAUUACUCAGCAAAGCUGAGUUUUUUUAUAUUUAAAAUUCAUUAAAUCUUAAAGCUGCCUAACCACACAUACUGAUAUAAAUAAUUGUCUCACUGAAGCUUGUAAUUUUCUGAUAUAUUUCAUUUAUAUCUCUAGUCUGUUCUAUGGUGUAUUAACCCUUUAAGCCCCAAGAUCCACAAACAAAUUCUCCAGACUUAUCUCCAUACAUUUCUUUUAAGAAUAGUUGAGAGAAUUUGGUUUAAGAUCAAAGUGUUCUCCCUUUGGUAAUCAAUCUAGUAAUUCUCAUAACCUUUACUCUUGAUGAUCUGCUGAUGUUGUUAGGAGAAAAUUGGUGUUGGUCACUCUUGGGACCUUAGGGGUUAACUGAGUUCAUGUACGUGUACCUAUAUUCCAACAGACGUCAUCAUCAACCAAAGGCAAUAACUCUGAAGGCAAAAGGAGCUUAUUUGCACAACAGUUUGCAGCUUCAGGAGGCAUUACCUUUGGUGUCAAAGAACGUAAGAGGGAUAAUUCACAGCUUAAAAAGAAAACAAGUGAGACUCUUAAAGUUAAUUCACCUCGAGCUCCACAAUUUGUCAAUUCUUCAGUUGUCUCUGGAGAGGGUCUUAUGCAAUCUGGUAGCAAAGAAAUGCUUUUAAAUAAGGAAGUUGAAGAAAUACAUAAGGAGAACAUUGCUAAACUAGAAUCCAUGUCACAUGAGGAAAUAUUGGAGGAACAAGCCAGGAUAAAGGCUUCCUUAGGUAAGUCUAGAAAUUACGCUCAGCGUAAAACUUGUUACAGUUACACUGGUCAACAGAGGUGAGCCGGGAAAAAGAUGCUGCAUAGGGAAGGGGUGUGUGUAGCAGACAAAACCUGAAAGGGUGCUAGGAGGUACAUAUCACCGUGGUGACACAGUACGAGUCUUCUAUCUGUGCAAACAGUUUAGCAUUUUUCAAGUCUAGGCUAAAGACAAACCUUUUUAAGCUUGCUUAAUAAGUUAAACUAUACUGUAGAGACCUUUCUGGCCAGUACUGUCCUGUUGGAGUUAUGCUGUGGUGCCCUUAUCCCAUUGCAUGGGGCUCAUGGUUUUUUAACAGCCAUUCUCUUGAGGUCAGGCCAUUUACGUCCGGGUGUCAUUGUUUUUCAGCCUGGCUUGUGCUUGCAAAGUGUUUUUUUUUCUGCUCACUACCCUGUGAAAUUCCCUCUCCCCAACCCCACCUAUGGUAAGUAUAUAGUAAGUAUGCUAGGUUCCACUGAUUGGCAGUGAGAAGGUGCCACAGGGUGGAUGCUUCCCUCGAGUUAACACAUUGUACUCGGCUUCAGUUCGGGGCUCCAUCAGCCUUACAGGCACCUCCCACAAUUCUCAUCUCUGUACACGAUGCACUUACCAUUGAUACAUGUACAGUUGACUCCCAUUAACUCAAACCCUCACUAAGUCGAACCUCGCGCUAACUUGAACCAAAGUCGAUUUCCCCUGGAUUUCUCUCAUACAUUAAUUUAUUGUAAUUUUACCCUCACUAACUUGAACCUCCCGCAAACUCAAAGUAAUUUUUGUUUCUCUUCAGAUUAUUUAUAUUGAGAUAACUCGAACCAUAUAUUAUUUUAAGCACGGACAAGUCAGAAAAAAAAUGGUGUACCACUGUACAGAAGUCUGAAGCACUGAAUUUAUUUCAAAACAACCGUGUCAUUUCUUUGUCGUUAUUUUUCUUGUCACUCCAGUUCAAAUUCAGUGUCCAUCCUUGUGAAGUGUACAUGAUACUUGCAUUGCCUCCUCGUUUUUUUGCUUACUUCCAGUUAUUUGUUUGGAACUCCCGAUAAGUCAAACUUUUUUGAUUUCCCUAGAAGGUUCGGGUUAUUGCGAGUCAACUGUAUUAAAAUGUGGCCCGUGAUACUGUUAGCAAAAGGUUAAUGAUGGCUAAUUACAUGUAUAGCUACAUUUCUUUUGAUUUUACAUAUUAUGAAAUCACACAUUUCUUAGUCUGACUUUCUUCUUGUCAGAUCCAAGUCUUGUUGCAUUUUUAACAUUGAGACAGAAGAAAAACAUCGAUGAAAGAACACACACAGAUACAAGCAUGGGGAGGAGCAAUGGAGGUGAAUUUCAUGGACAUAUUACAAGCUGUGCAAUGGAUAUAGAAUCUAACCAUGAUGGGAAACAUGUGCACUUCAGUGAAAAUGUUGAAAUAAUAAAACCGGAUAAUGAAGAAGAAACAAUAUCAGAUCAUUCAACAGCAGAUGGUUGCAUAACAAUUGGUGAUAUGGAGGUUUCCAGUAAGUGGCUUCACAUGGGUACAGUGGAAACCGAGAAGCUAGAAUGGAUGAAAGACUGUCAGACACCCAGUGCUGUGGAAAGUAAGGUAUAUGCAAUUAUCUUUCUCUCCAGUUAGCUACAAGUCUCCAUUGCAGGCAUUCUUUAUUGUAUCAUCACACAAUGCUCCUGCUCUUUUCUUGUGGUGAGGAGCAAUGCAUGACAAUAAACGUCAAUAAUCUACACUUGGAGGAGGGAGGGAGGAAGUUAAUAGAAAAUUAUAGGAGAAGGAAUGAACAGUUUAGAUUAUAAUUAUGACCCUGCCUCCGAAACAGCCUUGAUUGUAAUUCUUUGAACAUCAUGUGAAACCCAUCAAAGAACACAAACUUUGCCAAGAGGCAAUGUUGUAGAUAAAAAUUCAUUCUUAAGUUAAACCAGACUUUCCCUGUUUGUCUCCUUUAUUGCUAGGAAACAAAGGAAUCAAACUAGGGGUGAUCAAGAUCAGGAUCACUGAUCAGAGAUCACUCGGACCAUGCAUGGUAUAGUACAUCAUACAUCAAAUGAACCAAUCAAUCCUUUCUCAGAGUGGAUUUGUUGUUUCCUUUGAUGCAGUAUGAUCUGAAUGAUCUUGUAUCACUGAUCCCAAUGGAACUCGCCCUAGGCUGAAUGCUUUUUGCCUGAUAAUGAAUUUUACCUACACAGCUGAAGUGCUGCUUGUUAAAAUGUAAUAAAAGUUAUUUUAUCUAUACAUGUAUCCCUACAGGAAGGAAGGCAAGCUCGCUUUGACUUUCAUGGCAAGCUAGUCGACCAAAGUGAUGACAUUCCAGAGUAUCUGGGUCUCCAUCACCAUGGCGAUGACCCAAGCUCUGCAGGUUACACCCUUGAGGAGUUGAUUGUUUUGGCAAGAAGCAGUUUUUUACAGCAGCGGGUGUUGGCCCUACAAGUCCUGGCUAGGAUCAUAAGACAGGUAUUAGUUUCUCUCAAGGUUUUUUCAACAAGCUUGAUUAAACAGCCAAAAUUUCAUGACAUCACCACUGGUUUCCCUCUGAUCAAUAUGAGGUCUAACGAGUGAGUGCAGAAAUUCCAGUUCUGAGUUGUUUAAGCAGAUUUGCCUCUAAGCACAGCCAAUCAGAAGCACGUCCCAGAUCUGGGUAGUGACAUGUCAUCAGUAUGGAAUUUCUGCAAUUGUUCCAUAGAGGUCAUUUUGCAGGGAAACAAACCACAAGUGGCAUUGUAAAAUGUGUGAGUUUUCUCAGGCUAAUUUCAACUAGUAUCACAGGUGCUACGAGUUUUUUUCAGGUUGUUCGACAAAUUGUAUAAUGUCUCCCUAUUUUCAACCUUGCCAGGUUUUCGGGGAAAAAUGUGCAUCAUUUCCAAGGCUGUAACCCUCAGCAGUCCUUCAGUUUGUAAAUGAGUGAACUUCUCAUGUGGUAUAUGUUUUCAUUAACUGCAAGGCUUACCUGUUUUGUGUCUUCCAUUCUGAAUUCUUUCCAGGCUCAGCUGGGUGUAUUUCAAGAGCAUCUUGAUGACAAUAUAGUGUCCGUUCUUCUUGAUGCAGGAGUUCUGUUUCUUCUCAGAUGGGCAUUAGAUGACUCCUCCGAUGCCGUCAUAGCAGCUGCCAUCCAGUGUUUUACUGCUAUUCUCAUUGUGCCAAGUGACAAGGUAUGCAUGAUUAUUAACCCUGUCACUCCCAGAAAACUAAAUUUCUAACUUUUAUUUUCUUUAAAAUGCUUAAAUCUAAAUCAUAGAGAAGUCUGGUCUCCAAAGUGGCUUCUAAACCAGAAUUUGUAGUCGCCAAGGAGAAAAUGUCAGUCGCAUUGGCGACCAUAUUAUUCCCAAUUUUGAGCCCUGAAUACAGAUCAUGAGAAUUAAGAGAAUGUUCACUGGAUAUACAGGUGGAUAGUUUUGGUUCCCAUGUCAGGUACUGUUGAAGAAAAAGUUAAAACAGUAGUUAUGACCCACACAAACCACUUUGUAAUAAUCAAGAGCUCAGCAUGAUUUGCUCCUGUAAAGUAUAGAACAAGGGCAUUUUCCCAGCACCUCGAUACUUCAUUAAUUGUAGAGGGUUCCUUCUUAGAAUAAUCCCUAAAUACUUACAGACCUUUCAUUGUAGGAAUUAGCUGAUAAGUUGUUCAGCUUUCCACGUGGACAUGAACUUCCAUCAUUGAGCCCUGUUACUGAGAAAGAACAAAAAAGGUCUAAUGAAGAGGAAGAAGGAGAAAAGGGAUUGACUGAUGCUGAGCUACUCAAACAAGAUGUUGUUAAAGUAUGUAGCAAUGCAGACUGAGCUAAAACUGGGCAAAAACUACAUGGGAUGGACUCAAUAGUAGUACCACUGCAUACAUAUUGUGUGUAAGGCUUUUUGUAGGCUGAAUGAUGACAAUUUAGAGACUUUUUGGGGUUAAAAAAAAUCAAUAUUCUGCAGAAUGGAUGGAUAAUUAAGAAAAUCAGUUUAUCCUUGUAAUAUAUUAACUCGUGGUGUAAAAGGAAGAAAACAAUGCAGUCAACACAAUAAAGCCUUCGAAAAUAAAAGGGAACAAAGCAAAAGGAAAUGAGAAAAAUCUUGCAAGGAACUACAGUUAGCCUGAGAAAACCAAUGCUUCCACUUGUUUCGUAGCAUAAUGGUGCCUGAGGAACAAGGAUAGAAAUUCGACACUGAUGAAGUGUCACUACCCAGAUUGGGUAGUGCUUCUGAUCAGAUAUGAAGUAAAUUAGACGAUCAAAAGUAAAUUUUUAACCAGAACAGAAUGAUCACCUAAGGCAAAAUAAUAAUUUCAUCUUUUAUAAAAUUCUGUCAAAUAAUUCUUUAACAAAAUUAUAGAGAUCAGUCUGAAAAAUUACCUGAGAGGCAUAUUACAUAUUCUAGACUUUUGUGAUAUCUUGAUGUUUUUUAAUACUCCCAGGGACUGAUUCAGAUGAGUAUAUUGCCGAGACUAAGAUACAUACUUGAAGUCUGUUGUCCAGCAGCCCCUACUGUUCAGGACAUUCUGAAUAUUCUUACGAGAAUUUGUCAACAUUCUACACAAGUUGCAAGUGAAGUCAUUAAAUGUCCAAGACUUGUGGAAGCCAUCUUUGUUAACUUUCUUCCUCUCUCCUGGAAAACGUCUGAGGAAAUGAAUGGAUCUGUGAAUGGUCAGCCAGUUAGUGGAGCUAUGCGAUUUGUUAGAUCUAUUUGUUGUGCAGGAAGGCACAUGGCUGCAAUGCUGGUGAGUUAAGUAUCCUACUUUUAUCAGAACUUAACCUGAGUGGCACUAUUCAUACUGAGUUUUAUGAGGUUUUGGAGGGCAUACAUGGACAUUUUAUUUCUAGUUAAAAGAAAGAAUAUACGCUGUAAUCUUAGCAACAAAAUAAUAGUGUGAAACAUUCUGGCCAUGAAACGUGAACUUGCUGCUGAUUUCACAUUAGAUGGAAUGAUGUCAAACAUGAUCCAAUAUUGUAGCUAAUGAUCGUCUUGAAUGUUUAUGGUCUUUGGAGGAAAAUGGUGUAACGAUCAGAUGGACAGUAACUAAACACACUGUUAUCUUAUUAUUUGAGAUUGUCUGGAGAAAUGAAGAGAUGUGGACAUUAAACCUGCAUGUUUGUGAUGUAACCCUUGAUCUUAUGUUUUCAUUGACAGAUCUCAAAGUACAAUUUACUUGACCGACUUAUGCGCUACACAGCUCUAACCCCUGCUAACAUGCAGGUUGAACUACAGGAGGCAUAUUCACUGUACAUUGAAAGCCUGCAGACAUGGAGAGUAUGUGUUUUGUAUGGCUUAGGCUGUGACUCAAUCAGGUAAUCUUCAAAACCAGUAAUUGUUCAUUAAUAAAUAAGUUAAUAAAUAACAAUAAAUAUACAUUUAGAUGUAGCACAUCCACUAAGAGGUUCUUUGUCUACCUAAUUCCUGGUCUAAUUGGAAUUUGGAAAUGUUGGUACCCAGAGAAAAACCUGUCAGAGCAAGGGAGACAACUAACAACAAACUCCACCCACAUAUGGUGUCGACACUGGGACUUGAACCUGGGCAACGUUGGUAGGAGGCAAAUGCCCUUAUGACUGCACCAACCUUGCUCACCAUCAAUCCUUAUACAUGUUCAUCCUUUCAGUGGUAAUUUGGUAAGAGGCCUGGCAGCCACCACUGUGGAACUGGAAUGUUUGGAGAAUAGGAAACUUAAUACUACAAUAAUUUAUUAUUACAAAGCAAAGUUUGGUAAAUUUGUUACUGCUGACAGUUUUGAAAAUAAUGGAAAAGGGCUGUACAGGACUCGAAAUAAAUUUGAGACUGUUGCCAGUCUUGUGGACUAGGCAAAGAAAUUUUAGCUCGGUCACAUCUCUCUUCUGACCCGUCAAAAUGUUACAAAUAACACAAUAAUAACUUGAGCUACUUAUUCAUCACAAGUAAAAACCUAAAAUCGAAAGUGAAAAUGCUUUUUGUCUUGAGACCUGUAUUUUUUUUGGUGGCUUCUUAGCUUGUCCCAACAAAAAGACCAGCAAAGUGAAAGUUUGUCUGGACAAAACAAAUGGUCAUUCUUGCCCGGGCAUUGUCUGUCGACCAGCCAAUGUUUGGAGCCCUGUAGUAGAGAUUGAUGAAUUUGAAGUCCUCAGUUACUCAACUGCCCCAGCAAAUGAAAUGGCAGCAUUUUAAGAACUCUUGAAGCCUUGAUGGUGUUACUAGCUUCCUUUUUUUAUUCUAGGGAAAUGUACACAGCUUUUAUAGAACAUCUGCAAUCAGUUCAAAGUCUGUCAAUUUUAGCAACCAUGCCUGAAGGAAAAGCAGAGCUUUCCUGUGCCACUGCUGUAUUUGGUGUCAUAGAAGCUGCCAUUUAUGCUGCUAGCACAUCUGCUGACCAUGAGGCUCAGGGAAACGUAUCAACUACUGAAGAGCACCAUGGGAUAGAUUCUCUGCCACCUUUGGCUCUUAAUUGGAGUCAUGUGACUGGAUUCCUACCUCUGAUUGGUGCAAGUAUGACUAAGUGGGUUAACGAGAUUGUGGAUUCAGAUACAACAACUCUUCAGGUUAAUAUAGUACCUUAUAUUAUUACAUUAAAUAGUAAAACAUAAAGGUCAUGGAGAAUUAUAGGAAAUGAUCACAAAGCAAAAAAAGUUCUUGGUUGUAAAGCAAAUUCUGCUCACUUGCUUUCUUAGACAAGCAAGCAGAGGUUUCGUUUUAGCAUGGCUUUUAGCAUGUGCAGAGUCAUUUGUGUAACAAUUUGUCAUUUGCAUAGUUGGCUUGGACUCAAGAGAAAUGUUCUUCACGGGGGUACACAUAUUACUAUGUUCUUAGUGCUAUUAUUACUGAUAUUUGCUUUAUGUCUUUUUGUUUUACCAGCCUGAAAACCUGUGUCUUCUUUCUGGAUCUCUUGCUAUUUUAACUGCUUUCUAUACUAAGCCACUUGAGCAGGUACAUGUGACAUAUAGGACAGACAGUGACAUUUAAAUGAAGAUACAAUAGGACAAUCACAUGACUUUUGGAGGGCAUAUAGUUUAUUGGUGGCCUGAGUAGCAUCAUUUGCACACAAGCAGAGCGAGGGUGCAGAUGAUACUACAAAGGACAAAAAUAAACUAUAUGCCCUCCAAAAGUCAUGUGAUCAUCAUUAUUAUCAAUACACCAGGUCAAAUCGUACUAAUUUAUUUCAUAUUUAUUGCUCAACAUGAAAUCAUCAUGUUGUGGGCUGCAAAUUCCAUUUACAGCCCGGACUUUGCCGUUUGGCCCACGAAAAAUAGCAUUUCAGAGAGGGCAGUUUGUCAUUUAGCCACAUGUAGUGAUAAUAAUUUAUGAUCAAAGCAGUGUAAUAGCAAUUUAAGCAAUUGUGCAUUAACCCAAAAAAACUGGGGGGGGGGGAGUACAAGUAGUGUUUAUUGGGAUUUGAACCUAUUGCCUCUGCAUUAGCGCUGCGGUGCUCUACCAACUGAACUAUGAAGACCCAUACUGUUUUUGCUGUUUAUUGAAGUAAUUGGAUACUGCUAGGUUAUUUGAUUUUGAAAACAAUAUCAUGGCACCCCAAUACUCUGCUAACAGUUUGGCUGUGUUUUGAAAGCAGUGGAAACUGGAAAACAGGUAAAUUUUGAGUCCUAAAGUAUGCGUGACUAUUCAAAUGAAAGCUACCGAUCAGUACCGUCUUUGCUACUGCUUGUUAUGCACUAUAGUGUACAAGGUAGUUCUAACUUUUGAGUCUAAGGUAAAAAUUUUGAAGUUUUGCCAUUCAAAUAAAAGCUAUGGAGCAGUAGUUUCUUGUAGUGCUUUUUUUAUGCUGUAUAAGGUGGCUCUAUGAACCUGGUUGUCACCUCAUGUCUGGCCCAAUUUUAGCAGUGCUCUGAAUACCUUUUCUGUGCAUCAUGGUGACUCUAGAAUUAGGAUCUUUUUUUGUGUCACUUUGCCCACCUGAAUUUUAUUUACCAAGAGACAGAAAAAUAGAUCCUUAGGCUGUAACUGUCAGGUAACAUAGGUCAUUUACUAUUUACAAAGUUUCCGGUUGGAAAGUAAUGGAGCACAACUUUUUGGGUCGUUUUAGCAGAUAAUUUCUUGCAGCAAUGGAAUAAAAUUAUCUGAAAAGGAAGUCUUGUUUUUCUGGACGGGAUAUUCCAAAUCGCAAUUCAGAGCAAUUCAGAGCCAUCUUUGAUACCAGUUUUCAGGCCUUCACAGCCAUUAUUAUUUGCUAAAUGUCUGAUUCCUAUCCAUGGAAAACGUGAUUCCGAGACAAACUUUACCAGUCCUGAAUUUUGCUUACCAUUUACCCAGACCAUGAAUCGACUACUUCUGUAAACAACCAUAGUCUUGUAAUAUAAGAUGCGUACACGUUGCAAAAUUAAUUUUGAUUAUUGUCAUGAUUGAUUCAUUAACAGGGUACCCACUCACCAGUGGAAACUCUCCAUGGGCUAGAGCAACUGACCAGUACUGUGCUCCUUCCCAUAAUCAGCUCAAAAUUCCUGGAUAGCUGUUUCACACAAAUCAGGUAAAAAAAAUUCAAAUUAUCGUUAUUCGGAUUUAUUAUUCAGAGAUUAUUUCUCAACACUUCUUUGGGACCCGAAACAUGGCGGACGCUCAAGGGGGUACCGAGCAACAAAAUUCAGUGAUGCGGCGUGAUAAACUAGUGUGUGAAAGGGGUACCAUUUUUCAAUAAAAGGUACACUGUAUGCGAAAGGGUUAUAAAAAAGGGUAAGGGGUUGGACUUCCGCGGAUAUAUUUCUGUGGCAACAAAGGAAAUAUAAGAGGAGACGUCUGCACUCUAGCUUAAAAUAGAUGGAUAGACAAUUCAGAAGAUACUUUAGAGUGAUUAAAGGCUUACGAGACAAGAACUUCCAUCUGUCUUGGUUAACAGACGGGAAAGGGACAGACCUGUAAAAUUGGUGCAGGUGCUCCCCCAGAGAAGUCGGGACUCCCUACAAUGGCCUGUAUGAAGGGGCUCCACCCGAAAGGGGAACCUUUUUCAGGUUUCAGGUAUACAGAAAUGGUGGGGAUUUCACUAGUUGCAGUGUAUUAAAGGGGAGGGAAAUAUAACACGUUGGUCUGUAAAGAGUUCUAAAAUGGCUAACAGAUAACAGAACGGAGAUUCGUCUGUUGGACAAUAUAUUAUAAAAAAUAUUCUUCAACACUAACAAUUUGUUGAAAGUUUGGCGGAGCUUUUAGGAUCCAUCCGGAUACCUUCAUCAGUAAUGACUUUUGUUGUUUUUCGCAGCCUUGUUUUGAUGUGGCUACAAAAUUGUUUCAUAAAUUGGGGGAAGGUUGUAGCCCUGUUCACGGUUCAUUUCCAGUCGCCGAGUAUGAAUAUUUAUGGAUUCGCGUCUGCAUUUUAUGGCUGUGAGAAAGUCGUGAAAACGUUCUGCUUUGGUGAUUCAUUCAUAUUUUAAAACACUGCAUUUUGUCUAAACUAGUUUGUGAAAGGGGUUCCAUUUGUCAAUUGAAGAAACUAGUGUGUGAAAGGGGUACCAUUUGUCAAUUGAAGAAACUAGUGUGUGAAAGGGGUACCAUUUGUCAACUGAAGGUAUGCAACAGGGGUAUAGAAAAGGGUAAAGGGUGUGACCUCCGCGGAUAUAUUUCUGUGGCAGCAAAGGAAGUACGAGAGGAGACGUUUGCACGCCGACUUGAUAUAGAUUGAUAGAUGAUUCAGUAGCUGCUCUUAGGCUUGGCAAGACAUUUAAGCUCAUAAAGGGACAUCUUUUAAGGACCUCAAGUUAACCAACAAAUUUUCUUUCGAUAAUUAUUACUUUUCCUUCUACAGCCUAUCUCAUGAUAUUAGAAGCUCAAAGCCAUCGGAAAAGGCCAUUAUGAGCCUUCCUGGGUAUGGCUCGUUGGAAGUGAGUUGUAAGGUUGGAAAGCCAUUCGUGGAGGUACACAUUCAUGAACUCAUUGGCUUUAUUUCAUGUUUGCUACAACUGAUGUACCAAGUCACUAAGCUACAUAAAGGAUUGGCUGAAAAGGUGCUGUUUUGUACUGUACCGUACUGCACUCUCUUGGUUUAUUUUGUAUCUGCUAUGCUUCUGCUUUCUGCUUUGUUGUUGUUGUGGCUGUUGUACAUGUAUGUAUGGAAAGCAGUGAAUGUUCUUUUAGUGUACACAAUAAGCCAGCAAGGUAAAUACUCCAACACUAAAACAAAAUUCAUUCAUUUAUUCGUAAAAAAAAACCUUGUGCUUUGCUUUUGAAUGCGAAAUAUUCUUAUCUUUUUGUUUUUAUUGUUACUUUUAGUUUGUUGCUGUUUUGCACAAGGAAGCCAUCCUCAAGUAUUUAAUGCUUGUUGUAGACUCAAAGGUUUGUACAUCAAGUAUGAAGGAAGCCUUUUUUUUUUCUUACUUUCUGAGAUGUCUUUGUUUUCGUUUUCUUUUUCCUCUUUACUCACCCUUAUGUUCUUUAAUUUCAGGAUGAAGCUUUAUGUUUCCUUUCUCGCCAAGAGCAUCAUUUGCACUAUUUCUUGCUUAAACUAGCCAAUAAUGUGGUAAGAAAUCAUAUUUCACAGUGUUUUAGUCAUCUUUCAAAAUAACUUGUCCCUAUUGAGCAUAAAAUUCUCCUGGUGUUGGUUGCUAGGCUGUCCAAAACUAUUAUCCACCGUUUAGGAUCUUACGAGUUAAGGGGUGCAUUAACAUUUAAAUGAAAGCCACUGUUUAUUACACUUUACAAGGUAGUUGUAACUUUUAAGUAUGUGCGUGAAAUCCUAUAGAGUGACCAUUCAGUUGAAAGCUACUGAACAGCACUUUCCUGUGGUACUGUUUAUUAUUCUAUAGAAAGCGUUUCAUAUUUUUGCGUCUGUGAAUAAGAUGGGAUGUUGUAAGCCGGAACUGCGAAUACAUUAUUAUUCUUAUAGCUAUGGAUCAUCUUGAUUUUUCCUGUAAGACUGGAUCACUGUUAAAUCGAAUUGCACUAUGGGAAUGUUUUAGGAACGCUAUCCCUUCUUUAAUGAGGUUAGCAUAAGGUAGCAUACAUCGGCUGAUUGAAGCCAGAUUUUUUUUUCAGUAAAAUUACAUAAAGAACAACUUAAGUCCAACUUUACUGUGUAAUAUAAAAUAAGAUAGUUAAACAGAACUGAAAAAUUGCUUUGAGUCCGAGACAUUUACUUCAUAACCUACGUUCAUAUCCACUAAACCAUCGAGUACUAGCUGCCAAAUCCAGUAAUUUUUAUGCUGUUUCCCAUUAUAAUAUUUGAAAGCUAGUCGUUUUCAGUUCAGUGCUUAACCCUAAUCACUGCACAUUAGUGUUUAACUCUUUAGUAUGUUCUCUCCAUAACUGGCGCUCUGCAGUUUUGUUGUUGUUGUUGUUGUUUUUUUUUUCAGCAAUUCUACAAGGUUAGUGGGGUUUUGUUCCAGUCUCGUUACGUUAACACAUUGAUGCGUUGUGUAAACCUCAUAAGGUGUCCAAUCCGGCUUCACCCGAUGUUAUCUAAUGCUAACCCUUUAAUGAGGCCGAUACGAAGUCGCGCAGGAAACUGAGUCAAAAUUUCUCCCCCAAAACAGGUCCAUAGAUGUUCCAUGGUGUAAUUCGAGACAAUACGAACUCCCGCGUAACUUAUAAGUGGCGUACGUACCAGCUAAUUUUGUAGGUGGAUUUUUCUAACUGCACAGAAAUUUCAGCGCCAAGUUAACUGUUUGCGCUUUCUUUUUCAGUUUGAAGCGACAGAAUCACAAGACUUGAUUAACACGGUACCAUUGUGGCAUGAAGUUGGGCUCCUGUUGAUUGCCAAGCUCCUCCCUGGAGAUGAAUUUUAUGCUUUCGACCUCCUCUCCACUGUUUUAUUCAAUUCGAAAUUUUUUCGGUAAGUGAAGAGAACUUAAAGUCGUUAAACUGUCAGAACUGGACGACUUUUUGGUGAGUUUCUAUGCUGUUUUGUAUCUAAUAACUAGGCUAAGGAUCUUUGGCCAGAAGCGAGAAUUAGCUAGAAACCGGAAAAGGUGUUGCGCGGUUCCCGCUAUCUGAACGCCUGGGACAGGCUAAAGGGCUUGGGAAUGAGCAUGCGAAUCGCAUGGGGAAUCGUGAGAUUCAGUGUAAACGUUUACUUUACAGAAACAAGGUUUUUUCAACGCGAGUGUCUCCUUGACCGUUGACCAUUGGGAUGAGUACAAGAAGAACAUUUGCCUUGUGAAAAGGGGAUUUGGCUAUGUGCGGCCGUGAAGAUGUAGGUCAAACAGAAACUUAGUAUCACGUAACCAAAUUUUCGUUCACUUGCCGUUUACCUUUCCUUGCUACAAAAAAGUUGCCUUUUUAGUGGGCUUCUUCGUAAGAAUAAUUUUGCACUUUUUUAUCGGCUCAUUUCUUAAUUUCAAAAAUUGUCAACCUUAACGUGAUCACAGCGUUAACUCGCAAAACAAGUGCGAUCGUAUUCACUCCUUAUUGGCCGAGAAAACACGUUUUUUUAAUCAAGUUGAAAAGCAGAGUCAACUCAGUCACAAUUUGCUGUUAUACUUUGUGGAAAACUACUCUAUUCAGUUGUCUUUGUACUUAUUGUUGUUUCUAGUGUUCCAACAAAUGAACCGUCAUCGUUACACGUUAUCAGAGACUUAUCGGAGAUGUCUCUGGCCAGUCCUCCCCAGUCAACUACAUACGACGCUUCCACUGCUAGCCGAGGGGAGCUUGUUGCGGAGGCUCAUAAUAACUUGCCCUACAUUCGGUCUGUUUUUGUGGAUUCCUGUCAAGGCAAGAAGCGCGCGUUGGAUUUUUCCAGGUAAAACUGGGUUAAGUUGACCUUAGUCGCAGUGAACACUACAACCUCGUUCCCUGGUUUUUCUCCUACUGCGCAGGGUGGAGCAGGAAAGAACCCUGGGAACGAGUUUGUGAACAUCAGGCUAUCAGCUCUGCUUUCGCUCUGUUCCUAGAAAUAUGAAGAACCGGAAAUCUUUUAUAGAGAAAAGUUUUUGCGAAUGUCUGAUUAAUGUACCCUCCACUUGAUACCAACUUCGUGUGCUUGAGCUUCGGCGAAUGUUAUCCGCCUGGUUUGAUAUGGUUAUUCGGCAGAUUUGAUUUUUUCUUUUUUUUGCGACUUCGGUUCGAUGUCUUUUUGUGUUCAAUCCAGUGUCAUUCACGACUCGUAAAGUGGUUUUUGAAGUUUGCAGUUACUAUCAAAGUGUUUACAUACCAUGUAAGGGUUCAUUUGACGUCCAGAAGAGAGACAAACGUCUUGGUCCGGGUUUGGUCCCGGUUGUUCGAACGUUGGAUGGCGCCAGCAAGCUCUCCGGGGCGCUUCUCCAGCGCCGCCGCCAGAGCGCCCCAGAGAGCUUGCUUACAGGCUACUAUACAGAUUAUAAGUGAUAGGGAGACCAAUUGCGUUAUCCACUGAAUAGAAAUUUUAUGUCCUCCACUCUAUUAAAGUGGCAAGAAGUCCUCUCGGUGGGGGAAGCAACUACGGGGACACGAUAACACAUCUGAGAUUCUAAUUCGCCACUUAAGAAGCGACAAGAGAACUGGAUGGAGCCGAAAUGCGUCGAACAAUCGUUUCUUGGACCGUUUCUACCGGGGAUGCGCCGGUCAGUUAUUGGCCUAUUUGUUUCCCUCUUCCUACUUACAAUCGCCGAAAACUUCGGGAAAGUUACUUCUGUGUUGUAUUAAACAAGCUUGAGAGGUUGAGUUUAACACUACUUUAUUGUGAGCUACAAUAUGGCCCAAUGAAAGAAAAACAUGUACUCGCAAAUCAUCAUCAUGGUAACAAUAGCACCGGAAACAUAAACACCGGAAGUGACUGGCUGUAGCUAGCAUCAUUACAGUUUCCUUCUCGUUUUUUAAAUGGCGAAUUGGCGAAACCUGUUCUGUAAGAACUUUCCUGCAGUAAUAUUUGAACAUUUUUCAGGUCGCUGUCCCUUCACCAGGUGCGCAAAACACAGUCGUUUCUCGUGUCUCCCUGCAGAGGCCCCAUACAACCGGCUGACUGGAUGUUUCUCCCAAUUGUGAAAUUACACAACCAGGCGAUAAGUGUGUAAGUAAAAUCCCUUCGUUCAAUGAACCAGAUUUGACUGGUAAGGUCUGGUUAGCCUGCGAGAAACCUUCCCAUUUGGGGUAUAACGUUGGAAGUCACGCACGAACGGCACGUCGCUCGCGCCUUUUUGCGCGGUCUGUAGCCUGAGUAUCAGGCGUUUCUGGGGAAAAGGGGAAAGAUGGAAGCAAAAAAGGGAGAGAGCUGAGCUCUUCUGCCCCUCUUCCCUACCCCAUCUAAAAUUUCCUCUCCCCUAGCCCCUUAGGAAGGCCUGAUACUCGGGCUACGCGGUCUGCUUCGUCCGCGCCACUCGAAAUGGAAAGGUUGCUCGCAGGCUAAGGUCUGGCUUCACCGCGAGGGACAUUUCGUAGUAAGACGCGGCUGCAUUCACAGGCUUUUCAAGGUCUUGCAACAGAAAAAGUGGUCUUUUCUCGUGUGUUCUUAGCCCCAUUGGUUGUAUAUAGGAAUAGGGUCAUGAAGAAAUUACUUCAAGAAUCGUGAAUCUCUCUAGGUUUCGCUGUAAUGUCUAAAGUUCUGGCUCGGGUGCAAUUUUUUAGGUGCACCAUUUCGUUGGUUCCAUGGAAUCGUAGUACGACUAACCAAACGCAGUAGGUUUGAAUUAAAGAAGAAAUUCUUUACCGAUGAGUAAGACCUCCACAAAAGGCCUCUGUGUUCAAAAUGAGAAUGCGGCCAUUUAUACGAGGAAAAAUAAGACGCAAAACUGUCCCGUAUAAACGGCACAUUUCGUCUGAAAUAAGUCGCGACUUAGUAAAGACGCUUCUUAUUUUUCCCCGUAUAAAUGGCCCUUAUGUUCGUCUAAAAUAUGCCGUGUGUCUGAGAGAAUCCCGACUGGUACCGGACAUUUAGAUUUCUGGGAAACUGCCCACCUACCCCUCCCCUAAGCCAUCAUUUUGCCCUAAGUGAGAAGUAAGUGUAAAUGUUAGCUUAGGGGUAGACUGCCAGCAGUCUCUCUUAUCCGACAUCGAUAACCGGGCAAAUCAAAUAUUAUUUACAUCUGAAGAUCUGCGCAGUACGUGCACUUAAAGAUCAUCAGGUAAGGUAUGGCCAACCACCCUGUGAUUUGUGCGAAUAAAAUGGUGGACCGACAAAUGUCCUUUUCGAAAAAGAAAAGUUAUUUGUAGCACUGAUUCUGUAUGCGUGUGGUUUGAAGUUAAAUUAGGCAGCCAAAUACAUUGGAAACUUCAAAUUUGUUUCUCAAUUUCUGACUUUAAAAGCAUUCUUACUUAUCAUUAAUCAAUAUAUCUUUUUGUUGUGUUUCUGUGGUAAGUGAGAUGAAAGGCAAGGAAAUUGAUACUGUCGCUAGUCAAGCCGUUUCUAUAGUAACAGCAACCCUUCGGUUGGUCCUUCUGCUGGAGGAUUGGCGGCCUUCAUGCUUACGUCACGUUUCCAUGACAUCGCGAAUUGCCAGAAUUAUGUGUGUCUUCUUAACAGGUAAGAAGAAAAGCUAAUGGUAGCAUGAGAACGCAGACGUAUUUCCGGUCGUGUUUUUUUUUUUCGCGUUCUCGUGUGCUGCACAAUAUGGACCUUUUAAGAGCUCGUUUAUAGAAACCAGUUUACUCGUUAUUUCAUCUCAAGCAAAGGCCAUUUUGCCCUGCUACCUAUGCGAUAAAAGUUUCAUCUCGUUUCGUUUCAAUCCAGAAUGUUUUAAGUCUCGAAAAAAAGAAAGUAAAAGCAAUACAACGGUCAAAUGAUAAAAGGUUUGAAAGUGCUUUCUUUAUAAAUUAACCGUGGAAUUCUCUGUUUGUCAACUUUCAGGGAGUGAUUUGUUUCUGAACAGCAAAGUCCAUGACUAUUUGUCAGUCCUUUUGCGGAUUUACACAAACUCUACAAAACUAGCGAAGCUCGAUUUCAAUUCCCCAAUCCCUGGACUCACGUCGUUCUAUGAUCUGUAAGUAACACUCUUAGAUUUCGCUCCACAUCAUAUAUUUUUAUUGAUAAAUCUGGCACUUAAUUCGAGUUUCUAAAUGGAGUAUUAGCCUUACGCCGGUGGUGUUCAGCUGGCUAUCAUUCAGCAUUACUUUGAUUUUCUGUUGCGCAAGUUCUUGAGUUCUAAAGUACUGAAUGGAAUGCUCAAAUCUCACUAUAGAAGAAAACUACUUUCCUGUGUACCGUUUCAGGGUAUCUUUGGAUUAAAUUGAUGCUUUUCGUUUUGUUGUGCAUGGUUUUCAUGUUGUGAAGGAAAUUCUUAAGUGAUAUGGUUUAAUACUAUGUAAAACGCUAUCAUUUUGUUAAGUUUGGUAUUCUUCAUUUAUCUGACGAGAUAAUUUUGUAUUUUUUAGGUACGCCUCAUUACUUUCACAGUAUUCCGCGGUAUCCUUUGGCGACCCUUUAUUUGGCUGCUUUGUUAUCCUACCGUUAACACAAAGACACGACAUUAAGUUUCGUAGAGCUGUGUGGGAUGAGCACAUAGGUGUCUUAAGGGCCUUAGCCAUUCCCUUAGAUCAGGUAGCGUAUUACUGGCGUCCAGUACUCUUACGCGACCAUUUGAUUUGUCACGUAACGCUUUUCGGUAGUUUUAUUGAAGGGGUUCAUACCGUCAGCUGUUGUGAGUUUCGUAAUUACACCCAACGCGCGAAUCUGCAUUUUGGUGGGGCCGAUAGUUAGGAAAAAGAGCGAACCUGUAGAGAAAAACAAAGCAGUGCCUUCAGUUCUUCAAUACUCCCACAUGCGUUCCAAGCGAAGUAGCCUUCCCCCAAAAUGCAACGGCUUUGUGUGUUGUGAAGACACUUGUGAACCUCGGUUGUUAUAAUUUUGGUGGCAGUUUUUCAAAGGGUGGAUGACGCUAUGGGUAGAUUUCUGUCCAGCGGAUGACGUAAUUGUUUCCCCUUAAUUGUUUUCGUAGUAUCUAUCCGGGAUAUAGCGCCGUCCAAUGUCUGAACAAUAAUGAAUUGGUGCCUAAACACUCUUACAGCAUGUUUUAUAAAGAUUGGUCGGUAAUAGGGAGCUUAAGCAACUACGACGACGACCACAACGACGACUUCAAAAAACAAUAGCUUUAACGAUCAGAAUAACAGCUCUGAACGUGCAUCACGCUUUUUAGUACAUUUCUUUGACGUCCACUGCACGACUACGACGUGAAACCUCCUAAUUUGCCGUGUUAUGGAGGACAUGGACAUACGACGACGAAUUUUCCUUCCUCUUUUUGAACCUGAACAAAAUCCUUAAGAAUUCAACUCCAGGAAAUGCAUUUUGACGUAUUGAGCGGGUCCAAAGACGCGAUUAAGUUUGAAAGAACGCAAAUUCAUUUUUUUACCGACGUUUUCACUGCCGUCGUCGUCGUCCUUGCUUAAGGUCCCUAAUGUCGGUUUAAAGACCAGUCUUGCCUGGACUAGAAUUUGCCUGUGUGCUUUGAAAAUUUAACAAGUUUAGUUGUCUCUAAAAUGACAUAACAAUUUCAUGUCGACUUUUAAUUUCAGCUGCCUGUUCCCCUGGAGGAAUUUUUGUACCCAAUAGAACAGAACCAGCCCUUACUCACGCUUUAUCUUCGAGCUUUAGCCACCCAGGCAGUGAGGUGAGUCGUGUCCUUACCCUACGGUGUAUCUGCAAUGAGGCUUACACCAAUGUAAUACCUGUAAAGGUAAAGGGUUAAAAAACCGUAUUUCACGUCGGUAACUCGUGACAGUUAUUCAACUGAUAAACUUGAGGUCGACGUUGCACUCAUUUUACCCCAUCCCCCCCCAAUCAAUGUUCUGUUUUUAAGGAUAUUUAAAGCUACAGUCGACUCCCGGUAACUCCAACCCUCUGUGACUCGGACCUCCCGCUAACUCGAAGCAAUUUUCAUUUCCCUUCAGAUCAUUUUCCAUAUAAUUUUACCCUCGAUAACUCGAACUUUUUUCUAUUUCCCUAGAAGGUUCGAAUUAUCGGGAGUCGACUGUAGUUAAAGCUACACAGAAAGAAAAGAAGUCGAAACAAGGAUGUGAUGUCACCGGGACUGAUCGAACUCGGGACGUCGCGCAUUGAAGGCCGCGCACUACCUAACACCUGCCAAUAGAAACAAACCUAAAGUACACAGCGUGUCUUAGUUACAAUGCUGUCAUAUACAAUUAUCAUGCCACUCUCGGAAAAAAUGCAAGUUUUGAGCCCACAUAAAGGGCUUAAACCCGACUUACGACUUUUAAAACCUGUUUGAUGUGUUUCAGGGCUCAGUGGUCUCCGCUGUUUUAUCUUGUUGCUGUUCACCACGUAAAUGCCUUUAUUUUUCAACGAGUCAAUCCUGAGGUUAGUCUGGCCUACCAAUAUCCCUGCCAUUGGAUGCCUUUUUUUAACAACAGCGAUCGAAUGACUUGUGUUGUAUGGUCGCGAUAAAAUUUUAAAUUUCAGAUGAUUCAACCUUCAUGAUAGGUAGCCUACAAAGCAGGCGCCGGUUUUGUUGGGGCGAAGGGUGAAAUUUCGAGGACAAUCGCACACGCAUGAGUGGAGAAAGAAAAGGAGGCCUCCUCUUGUCUUCACGUGAUCCCCUCGCGCGCUUUGAUUAAAACUAGCCUGAUACGCAGGCUACGUUAAUAUUGAGAUGGUUUAUCCAAUCCCGUACUUACCAUAGCAGUUUAACGGAGUUACGUUGUAACUUCCGGGAAAUAUUUUAACUUUAAAGAGUCUGUGAGAGACAUAAGUAAAAUAGAUCAAGGAAGCUCUCAAGACAGAUUAGAAACCCUCUUUACGCUUGGCUUUGAAAUAAGACUGUCAGCGCGAGCAAGCUCAUGCCUCUGGUGCUAGAGAGUUGGGGGGUGGGGGAGUUGGCUCCUUUUCUCUUUUGCAACCUGCCCCGCAAGCCCAGAACUUGCUCUCACAGUAUCAAUUUUGAGCUUUCGUUGGCGAAACCACCAUGAACAACCAAGAGUCUGAGGACCGUAGUUCUGCGCCGGCAACCUCGUUCCCAGGGUUCGCUCCUAAUCGUGCCCGGAGCGAGGGAGAACACUGGGAACGAGGUCGGCGCGCCGAAGUCAAACCACUAUUGUUAACACUGCAGGUUUUAACCACGCGGGUAAAUUGCUUUGCGAGUUGCGUGGAACAGUGAGUGCGGUUUCUAUUUGACUGGUUUCACUUGUUUGUUUUUUCUAGGAUGAUCGUGGGCUUAAACAGAAGAUAACCCUGUUGAAGCAAGUUCUCGCUGUGCAAAAUGAGGUGGGUAACAUUUUUUAUAGUUUGUAAACUCGGCUCCCAGCUUGCAUUGGUGUUUUCUUGUAUCACUCAACAGCCAACGGACAAUUUUAUAAUCAUUCAAAAGUCGAAAGUCAGCUACAAUGGAACCACGAUAUAACAGAGGGCCAACGGACUGGCAAAAUAUGUUCAUGUUCGCUUUAACGAACGAUAUCAAGAUAUUAAUUUCUCCUAGGUAUUACAGUCAUCCCAUGAGAAAUUGAAGACAAUGCUUUUUUGGGGGGGGCGGUAGGGUGGCAAACAAGGUGUAUUAUGGGAGGUGUGCAAAUGGCGAAUAGCUGAGCAUAGCUCGCCGACCGGCGUGUAAAAUUUCACAUCAUCACAUAUUUUGUUCUUUCUAAUUGUUUAUUUUUGUCUUUUGUCUAUUUCAGAAUGUCCGUCAUGAUGUUCUACACUACUACAAGCCUGCUCCCUCAGAUUCGACGCAACUUUUCGAGAAAUUUACCAACCUUCCAGCAGAUAGACAACUGCUGCUAAGAAAUCGAGAAAACCUGGAAGAUUGCCGCAAAAUGUACCAGAAAAUCGCCUCGGUGUGA